AUGAUCAAAUUGAUAAAAUUAUUACGUCAACAACGUCAGCAAGAGAAUAACUUAAAACGUCGUGAGACAGGAUUUCAGUUGUACCUUAAUGGGGCACACCAUACACCACCAAAACGUCCACCAUCGAUACAAGGCAGUAGCAAUCGAAAUCAUGCUCCAAUGAAUUUAGAUUUUCUUCUACCAUAUUCUUCUGAUUUUCAAUAUCCGACAAAAUCUGCUAUAAAUAAUGCAAAUAAUAAUACUCAUAGCGACAAAUUUUCAACGUCGUCGCGUCGUCAGUGGAAUAAUAAUCCCAUAGUAAAAAUAAAAACUACACAAGGAUCAACUAUCGUUGAUCUUCCUAUGAAUCUUCAUCAGUCGCCAGCAACAAAUCAUGAUAGUCGCGUAAAAUCAUUAUAUGUAAAACAGCAAAUCCAGUCAGACGACCAACAUUUUAAUACUACACAGUCAGCACAUUCUCCAAAUUUGAAAAUUGGUCAAUCAAGAAAAGCUUGGGAUGAACAACCAGUUGAAUUAAAUUCUAGUCAAUUAAAAGCGAAUUAUAAUAAUGUACCGUUCUAUAACUUUAAACCAGUCAACGUAAAAGAAAGUUGGUUACCCAAUUGGUGUGUAAAGACAAUUGGUACACCUCAAGAAAAUACUAACUCGUAUCAAAAUGAAGAUGAUUAUGAAUCCGAUUUUGAUUUAUCUCAAAGCAGUACUGACGAUGAUCAUGAUGAUGUUGAAUCCCACGAUAAUUGUUUAUUAAACCGUGUGUGUUUACCACCACGCCGACUUGCUGGAGCAGAUUUAAGAAAGCAUACAAGUAAUGCAUAUCAAGCACCCCAGAGACGUCCGACAAAAAUGGUUGAUAGUCUCGAUUUAGAAAAUUUUCCAGCACCAAAAGAAUUUCAUGUUACAUCUGAUCUCGAUUUUGACGAAAAAAAGCCUGCAGAUGUUUUCUCAUCUCAUCAAUCAAGUAAUUUAUUGUCGAUUAAUAAAGAUCGAAAGCCAUUUGCAGCUAAUCGUAAUGAAUCUAACAGUCCAGCAUCCGAUUGGCUUGAGCGUUCUAUUACUCAGAUCGAUUUAUUUGGGCGUAGACAUCGUGGAAUGUUAGAAAACACCGACAUAAAUGAAUCAGUGGAAGAUUAUUUUAAAAAUGUGAAAAAAGAUGAACAACAGCAAGAGGAAGAAAACAACGCUCAUGUUGAUGAUGAUACGUUUAUGAUACCAGAAUUACCUCAAGGUCAACAGUUAGUGUUUAAUUUAAAGUCGUCAUGGGGCGAUCGACAUUACAUCGGAUUAAAUGGAAUUGAAAUAUUUUCAAGUGAAGGUUAUCCAGUUGUCAUUCGAAAGAUAACGGCCGAUCCACCCGAUAUUAACAUAUUGCCAGAAUACGGUAAUGAUCCAAGAGUAGUGGGAAAUUUAAUUGAUGGUGUUAAUAAAACACGUGAUGAUAUUCAUAUGUGGCUAGCACCGUUUAUAGCCGGUCGUGAUCAUUUUAUUUAUAUCACGUUUGAACAACCAUCAAGAAUAGCGAUGAUACGAAUUUGGAAUUAUAAUAAAUCUCGAAUAUAUUCGGCACGUGGAGCCAAAGAUAUUGAGAUUACACUUGAUGGUCGUUCAAUAUUCAGUGGAGAGAUUAGUCAAGCAUGUGGAGGAAUACAAUCGACAAAUGAUUUCUCUUCGUAUGGUGAAACUAUAUUGUACACUACCGAUGAUCAUAUAUUAGAAAAAAUUGCUGAAUAUGAUCCAAUUUAUGUUGAUCAGGAAGUACCACUCGAUGAUAACGAGAAUAAUAAUCGACCACCUACAGCGGGAAAUGAUGUGCGUCCAAUGACUCGAGCCACAUUAAGACGGCCAUUUACAGCCUUGAGAUCAACAGGAGCGAACGAUACAGCAGAAUUUUAUGGAAAUAAACUUAUUUUAACAAUAACUGAAAAUUGGGGAGAUGAUGGAUACGUUGGUUUAACUGGAUUAGAAAUUGUUGAUACAUCUGAUAAUGAAUGUGUCAUUCAAUCUUUUGAUGUAAUUUCACCAAAUAAUUCAAAAGAUAAUCAAACAUUAGACAAAUUAUUUGACAGAGAAAAUGUGACAACUUCCGAGAAUCACAUGUGGUUAACUCCAUUUUUGAAACAUGAAAAAAUUCGAGUUGUUAUCUCGUUGAGUAAUAAAAAACGUUUACAUGGACUUCGAUUAUGGAAUUAUAACAAAUCGUCGGACGAUACAUUUUGUGGAAUUAAACGUCUUCAUGUUCAAUUAAAUGAUAAAAUUAUAUCGCCAAGACAAGGUUUUCUGAUUCGUCGAGCCCCUGGUCACUGUUAUUUUGAUUUUUGUCAAGAAAUAAUUUUUGCACACGCUAAAACUGAAUAUAGUCAAAGCAAGAAUUCCAAUACAAAACAGAAUGACACAAAGUAUUUCAUUUAUGAAUUUCAUAUUUUAUCUAAUCAUGGGGAUUUAUAUUAUGUGGGUUUAAACGGACUUGAAUUUUAUGACGAAAAUGGAGAACAAAUUGGUUUAACAGAAAACAAUAUUGCCGCUUAUCCACAUAGUGUAAAUGCGUUAAAUCCUUCAGUUGCCGAUAUCAGAACACCCGAGAAAUUAAUAGAUGGAGAAAAUAAUGAUAUAGAUGGUGCUCAUGCAUGGCUCUCACCAAUUUUGAAUGGAGUGUUUAAUCGAAUAUUUGUCAUAUUUGAUCGGCCAACAUCUGUUUCAAUGAUUAAAAUUUGGAAUUAUUCGAAAACUCCUAACAGAGGAGUUCGAGAAUUUUCUCUUCUAGUAGAUGAUUUAUUGGUAUGGACAGGAAUUUUAGAUCGAAUUGAUACAAUGGAUAAAACCAAUGAAAUACUAUAUAAUACAAUAUUAUUUUGUGAUGAAGAAAUACUUACUGAACAAGAAAAAUACACACUAUUAGAAAAUAAAGGUUCAUCAGAGAAUGCUAGUGGCAAUGAAACAAAUUCAAGAAAUAAACCUAAUUCUAUCGAUUAUUGUAAGUUAAUUGUUUGA